AUGGUUCUAAGAGGUUCAUGUGAUUGUUACAAUGAGGAUCAACAUUAUGAACAAAUUCUAACGAUGUUAGAUGUUUUUUUUCAAAAUCGAGCUGAAAUGAUUCGUUUAAUUGAAGAAUCAGCUAAUGAACUUGACGAAGUUCAUAAAAAUGUGAAAAUUACAAAAGUUGUCACUGGUAGCACUGGAAUUGCUGGUACAGUGCUUUGUCUAACAGGACUUGCGUUAGCUAUACCAACUGCUGGUUUAUCGAUACUUCUUACUAUUGGUGGUAGUGCUUUAGCAGCAGCCAGUGGUACAGCUUAUCUAGGUUCUGAUAUUGCUGAACAUAUUCUAACCAAAUCACACUUGAAAAAAUUGGAUGAAUUAUGUCAAGCAGAUGAAGCAAAUGUUUUAAAACUAAAUGAUUAUUUAAAGAAAGAAAAUGAAAAAUUACAAAAAUAUUCUACUAAUGAACAUACACUUCGAGAAACUGCAUCAAGUAUUUUGGGAGAAAUUACAAGUUUAAGUAAUUUAACAUGUUCUAUCGUUCGAAUUUCACAAGCAGCUACUUUAACUGUUAAUUCAGUUAAAUUUAUUGGAGCUGCUUCAGCUAUUUUAGGUACAGUAACUUUACCAGUGCAAAUAAUCGAUCUUGCUGCUAAUGGACAUGCUCUUCAUAAAAAACAAACUUCGGAUACAUCUGAAAAACUUCGUCAACUUGCUCAAAAACUUAGUACACAAGCUGCUAAUAUUAAAAAAUAUGUCGAUUAUCAGCAAAUGCAGUUGAAUUAUUAA